AUGUCUGAAACGGCUUCUGAGGAGAUAAAAGGCACGCUGACUACUGCCACACCUCAAAAGGUGGUCACUGACAAGCAUGGUCGUGAUGUCGUUCUGAUUCCGCAGCCCACGGACGAUCCAGAAGAUCCAUUGAACUGGCCGAUGAGAAAGAAGAUCAUCAUCUUCGCCAGCGUCUGUCUAGCUGCCUUUGCAGCUCAGAUGUCGCCCAAUUCCAACAUGCUCACCUUCAUGUCGCAGGUGCCAGCUUACAACAGGACGGCAAACGACCUGCUCUACUCCGUGGCCGCUGGUCUUGCCGGCUGGGUCGCCGGCCCCUUCUUCUUUAUCCCCUUGGUUGGAGUGAUCGGACGGAGCGCCGUCAUCUUCUGGAGUCUCGUGGGCAUCUUCGCGGGCCAGAUAUGGGGUGGUGAGAUGACUGGCGCCAAUGACUACAUUCCCUUCACCAUCUCCAGACUCUUCACCGGCCUCUUCGGCGGUAUCCCGGCCAUUCUGGGCAGUGGAUAUAUUGUCGACAUGUUCUUUCUGCACCAGCGUGGAAAGGCCUUUGCUGUCUUCGAGAUUAUAGUCAUCUUUGCUGUCGUCGGCGGAGGAACGCUUGGAGGCUUCAUCGCCAAUAACAACCCUUGGGACCUUGUCUUCUGGUGGACCCUCGGCCCAGUCGGCGCUGCAAUCAUUCUCGUCUUCGUCUUUGUCGAAGAAACCACCUACGACCGCGAUGCCGUCGUUCCUGGCCGUGCUCCCCUGCCCAAGAGCUGGCUAGCCAACAGGAUCGCCACCUACCUUCCAGGCAUACGUACGCAGCCCGCCGGCAAAGGCAAGGAAUUUAAAGCUGAGCUAAUCUACGAGCAGGUGCAACGUGCCAUCAUCCCUUUCCAGAUCACUUUUGCUCCCAUCACCCUCUUGAUGGGGACGUAUAUUUUCAUCGCCCUUGGUCUGCCCGUCAUGCAAGCCUCUACUCUGGCUACAUAUUUGGAGCCUCCCGUUGCCGCCGGGGGCUAUGGGUUUUCUUCGCUACAAAUGGCCUUCUUCACCAUGGCCGCAUGGGUUGGCAUCUUCUGCGCCCAGGUGUAUGGCUAUUUCUUCAACGACAAGACUCCUCUCUGGGUCGCUCGUCACCGCGGUGGCACCUGGCACACUGAAUAUCGUCUAGCAAACACUAUCCUGCCAUCCCUCCUGCUGCCCAUUGGCCUCGGUCUAUGGGGGGCUGGUCUGCAAUACCAUCUGCAUUUCAUGGUCCUUGCUGUAGGUUCCUUCAUAAUCUGGUUCAGUGCUCUUCUCGCCUUGCCGGUCUGCUACAACUACAUCAUUGAAUGCUUUCUACAUAACCCCGUCGAGGCUUCCGUCUCGCUGAACGCUUACCGCGUCUCCUUUGGCCUGAUCUCCGUCUUCAUUUCCACUGACUGGCAGACGGCCGUUGGCGUAGGCUGGAUGUGGGGGAUGGGGGCCUUCUUCAUCGUCUUUGUCGAUAUCAUCAUGAUCGGUCUUAUCCUCAAGGGCCAUGUUGUCCGUCAGUGGACUACCAUAUUGAGCAGGACUCUUGCCUUUACUGAGGAUGGUGCAACAAUUAGCAACAAACAUGACGAGGCUGCUUAG